AGAAUCCGACCGUUGCCGCUCUUUAUUUCAAACGCUUUCGUUCUCCUUCGUCCUCGUCGACGUCGUCGUCAUUUCCCUUCUCGAGUUCCUCAGCGAAAACCCUUUUGUUGGCAAUGGGUAUGGCCGUUCCCCCGGAUCCAGACCACCACAAGGACUCGCCGUCGAUGGAGGGGUUGGAGAAGAAGGAGAGAAGGUGGACGCUCAACGAUUUUGAGAUAGGGAAGCCUCUCGGGAGGGGGAAGUUUGGGAACGUCUACUUGGCCCGGGAGAAGAAGAGCAAAUAUAUAGUGGCGCUGAAAGUUCUGUUUAAAAGUCAACUUAAGCAAUCCCAGGUUGAACACCAACUGCGCCGAGAAGUAGAGAUCCAGAGCCACUUGCGGCAUCCUAAUAUACUUCGUUUGUAUGGAUAUUUCUACGAUCAGACUCGAGUUUACUUGAUUUUGGAGUAUGCAGCAAAAGGUGAGCUGUAUAAAGAGUUACAGAGGUGCAAGUACUUCCCAGAAAAGCGAGCUGCAACAUAUAUUGCUUCUUUGGCACAAGCACUGAUUUACUGCCACGGGAAGCACGUCAUACACCGAGAUAUUAAGCCGGAGAACCUGCUAGUUGGUGUGCAGGGCGAGCUAAAGAUUGCUGAUUUUGGGUGGUCUGUGCAUACUUUUGAUAGAAGACGGACGAUGUGUGGGACAUUGGACUAUCUUCCUCCUGAAAUGGUGGAAAGCAGAGAACACGAUGCCAGUGUGGAUAUUUGGAGUCUGGGGGUAUUAUGCUAUGAAUUUCUCUAUGGAGUACCUCCCUUUGAGGCAAAGGAACACUCUGACACAUACAGGAGGAUUGUAAAAGUUGAUUUGAAGUUUCCGCCCAAGCCGAUUGUUUCUGCAGCAGCCAAGGAUCUAAUUAGUCAACUACUUGUCAAAGAUUCGUCCCAGCGUUUACCUCUGCAUAAACUUCUCGAGCAUCCAUGGAUCAUCCAAAAUGCUGAUCCAUCAGGAAUAUAUAGGCCUUGAUAGUUCGAGAGAUGUAUUUGUGAUUUGAUAUCCAAUCCCAGGCUUUCACGGUCAAAGCCUUGCAUUCUUUGUCGAGGAAAAUGUGCUGGUUUUCAUGCUAUAUAGAUGUAUGAUAUAUAAAGAGGAUAAUGCUUCCUUUUCAA